AGUCUAGGCAACAAAGUAGGUCUGUAGGUAUACAGAUGCAAAGGAGGCUGCGGUCAGCUAAACUAACGACUGUGCACGAUGAUGCUUUUGUUUGCAGCAGUAUAACGAAGAAAGAAAAUAUUGACGAAACAAAAGGGAAGAAAAGGAAGAGACCUGCGAAUAAAUCUCGUCCGGAAAGGAAAAAGGCAAGGACAACUAGCAAGUCCAUUCAGGAGGAUCAUGACGUCAGUAAAGAUGAUGACGUCAGAGCGGAAAAAUCUAACCAAUCAAAUUCCAAGUUUGGGUCAUCACGUGGUAUGAACACGGAUGAUGUCAUGAAAACAGAACCAGAAGUGCAAGUCGAUGUGAAAUCUGUGCCAAUGAAGGCAGAGACAAAGGCAGGGACGAAGCCGCUGUAUGUGGGUGCUCAUGUGUCGAUAGCCGGCGGACUAGAAAAUGCUGUUUUCAAUGCCGUCUCGAUUGGAGCAAAUUGUUUUGCCCUGUUUCUUUGUUCGCAGCGUCAAUGGAAGAAAAAACCUCUUAGUGAGGAAACAGUCGAGGCUUUCCGGACUGCGUGCGAAAAGCAAGGAUUUAGUUCAGACAGUAUUCUUCCUCAUGGAUCAUACCUGUUGAAUCUUGGCUCACCAGAUGAAGAAACGCUAGCAAAGAGUAGAGACUCUCUAAUUGAUGAGAUGAGUCGCUGCCAGAGACUUGGUAUUUGCUUGUACAAUUUCCAUCCUGGCUCUACUUGUGGAAAAAUUUCAGUUGAAGAGUCAGUGAAACGCAUCGCUACUGGCAUCAAUCUCGCACACGCUGAAACCGAAGGUGUGACGGCAGUGAUUGAGAAUAUGUGCUGCCAGGGAUCAACUGUUGGUGGGAAGUUUGAGGAGCUACGAGAUAUCAUUAAUAUGGUUGAUGAUAAGAGUCGAGUCGGCGUCUGUUUGGAUACCUGCCAUGCAUUUGCUGCCGGCAACGAUCUUCGUACGAAAGAGGGAUAUGAAAGGAUGAUGUCAGAGUUUGAUGAAACGAUCGGUUUGGAGUUUCUAAAGGCUAUUCAUCUUAAUGACUCGGUUGGUGAUGUUGGCUGUCACUUGGAUAGACAUGAGAACAUUGGUAAAGGAAAGAUCGGUCUGCAGGCGUUCAAGUAUGUGAUGAAUGAUCCUCGGUUGAGAGGAAUACCAAUGAUCCUGGAAACACCAGGAAAUGUUGAUGAUGCUACUGAGAUUGUGAAGUUAAGAGGUUUGGCAGAGUUCUAAUGCUAGAAGUAACGGUCUUGAUUUUGAUAUCUAUUACUAUCCUUCUGCAUGUUUGUCACGCAUGCAAGAGCAUGUAUGGUAAACGACAAACAGAGCAGCCUUUUAUUCGUUACCGUGGUUGUGUAGUUGGCUGUUUGGUUUGGUUAAUAAAUACAAUUUCACAUGG